GGCCCAGGUCUUCAUUUUCUUAGACCUGCCCUGCUGGCCGUCAGUCCGUCCGAGCUCUAAUAUUCACCGGCCACCUCCAUGGCUCCAUGCUCCAUCAGCUUUGAUGUUAUAGAUCCUAUUUUACAUAUUUUCCGCCUGAGGGAAAUAUAUUUCAUCACCGCCCACCGAUGAUACUUCGACUCCUCAUCAGCGUCGGUCAAACAAAUAUUACGGGUCAUAAGCUACCCCAAGCGCUGAUUUGUACCGUUCGUAAAGGAGACACCUGUCAACAACCGAGUUCAUGAGAUCUACUACUUUUUUUGAUAAAAUCGCCAUUUUGAUGGGUUAAAGGGCCUUUAAAAUGUUGGGGCCGGCCCGAGUCAAGUCUCUCGUGCCAGGUCGACAAAUCCAUGCAUGUCUAACCAAACUUGGGCUGCUCCAAGACAACAAACAGAGAAACUGUUUGAUAAAUUUCUAUGCAAAAUGUGGGGAUUUUGGGAAUGCCCACAAGCUGAUUGAGGAAAAUCCGGAACCAGACUUGAUAUCUUGGUCUUCUUUGAUAUCAGGGUAUACCCAGAAUGGCCUUUUGGAGGAGGCCACUCUAUCUUUCAGAAAAAUGCAUUCUUUGGGUCUAAAAUGCAAUGAAUUCACGUUCCCCAGUGUGCUCAAGGCAUGCUCGAUAAAAAGGGACCUUUUGCUAGGAAAACAGAUUCAUGGGGUUGUGGUGGUGACCGGGUUUGGAUCUGAUGUAUUUGUAGCCAACACUUUGGUUGUUGUGUAUGCAAAAAGUGGUGAACUUUCGGAUUCCAGGAAACUGUUUGAGGAAAUCCCAGAAAGAAAUGUUGUAUCAUGGAAUGUUUUGUUUUCUUGUUACACUCAGAACGACUUCUUCAAGGAAGCAGUGAGCUUGUUUCAAGAAAUGGUUCAGAGUAGUGGAAUAAAACCAGAUGAGUACAGUUUAUCAACAAUAUUGAAUGCCUGUACAGGAUUAGCAGAUAUUUAUCUAGGGAAGAAAACCCACUGUUAUCUAUUAAAGAUUGGUCAUGAUUCAGACCCUUUUUCCUUAAACGCACUCGUAGACAUGUACGCAAAACUGGGUGACUUGGAAGACGCAAUUGCUGUUUUUCAAGGAAUUUCAGAACCAGACAUUGUUUCGUGGAAUGCUAUAAUAGCCGGAUGUGUUCUUCGUGAGUGUCACGACCAAGCAUUGGAAAUGUUGGGCCGGAUGAGAAGGUCCGGAAUGUCUCCAAACAUGUUCACCUUAUCAAGUUCUCUGAAAGCUUCUGCUGCACUGAAGCUUCAGACUGCAGGAAAAACAUUGCAUUCUCUUCUUAUAAAGAAAGACAUAGUUAUAGAUCCAUUUGUGAGUGUUGGGCUGAUUGAUAUGUACGGUAAAUGUGAUUUGAUGAACGAUGCGAGACUAAUAUAUGAUUAUAUGCCCGAGAAAGACUUAAUAGCUCUGAACGCUAUGAUAUCUGGAUAUUCACUGAACGAAGAAUACACCGAAUGCCUAACCCUUUUCGCUAACAUGCACAAGAGCGGAAUAAGAUUUGACCAAACAACUUUACUAGUAGCCCUAAACUCCACUGCUGGAUUGCAAGCUUAUGAUGUUUGUAAGCAAAUUCACACACUUUCAGUUAAAUCAGGGUUUCACUCUGAUCCCUAUUUGGUAAACAGCCUCAUCGAUUCGUAUGGAAAGUGUAGCCUACUAGCCGAAGCAGCUAAGAUCCUUGACGAAUUUCCUUUUGUAGAUUUACCAUCAUUUACCUCUUUGAUUACAGCUUAUGCUCAAUACGGAAAAGGGGAAGAAGCUCUGAAGCUAUAUUUAAGGUUACAGGAUUUGGGUAUAACCCCAGACUCAUUUGUUUGUAGUUCUCUUCUCAACGCCUGUUCUAAUCUGUCAACUUAUGAACAGGGGAAACAAAUCCACGUUCAUGUCUUGAAAUAUGGGUUCAUGUCUGACACCUUUGCUGGAAACUCUCUAGUAAACAUGUAUGCCAAAUGUGGGAGCAUAGAGGACGCCGGGCGUGCCUUCUCUGAGGUUCCAAAGAAAAGUAUCGUCUCCUGGUCAGCCAUGAUUGCGGGACUUGCCCAACAUGGGAAUGCCAAAAAGUCCCUUGAUUUGUUCAACGAAAUGCUUACUGAUGGAAUUACCCCUAACCACAUAACAUUAGUUAGUGUUUUGUGUGCAUGUAACCAUGCUGGUUUAGUUUCAGAAGCAAGAAACCAUUUCAAAACGAUGAAAGAGAGAUUUGGAAUUGAGCCAACACAAGAACAUUACGCUUGUAUGGUCGACGUUCUCGGGCGAGCAGGCAAAUUGGAAGAGGCUAUUGAUUUAGUAAACCAAAUGCCUUUUGAGGCUAAUGCGUCCGUUUGGGGGGCACUUCUCGGUGCUUCAAGAACACAUAAAAACGUGGGCAUAGGAGAACAAGCUGCACAUCAGCUUUUCAUUCUUGAACCUGAGAAGUCUGGGACCCAUGUUCUUCUUGCAAACAUUUAUGCUUCUGUUGGGUUGUGGGCAAAUGUGGCAGAGGUUAGAAGAUCGAUGAGAGACAGCAAAGUAAAAAAGGAACCAGGGUUGAGCUGGAUUGAGGUUAAAGACACGGUGUACACAUUCAUAGUGGGAGACAAAAACCAUCCCAGAAGUGAAGAGAUAUAUGGAAAACUUAAGGAGUUAGUUGAGUUAAUGGGUAAAGAAGGGUAUGUACCCAUGGUGGAGGUUGAUCUGCAUGAUGUGGAAAAGGAACAAAAGGAGAUUUUGCUGUCAUACCAUAGCGAGAAGUUAGCUGUAGCGUUUGGGUUGAUUGCUACCCCUCCUGGAUCUCCCAUUAGGGUAAAGAAGAACCUUAGGAUUUGUUUGGACUGUCAUACAGCCUUCAAGUUCAUAUGUAAGAUUGUCUCUAGAGAAAUCAUAAUUAGAGAUGUUAACAGGUUCCACCACUUCAAAGAUGGAUCUUGUUCUUGUGGGGAUUAUUGGUAGCCUUCUUCAUUCAGCUAAGGCCGUCUUUUUGCAAACCAGUGCGGUGUGGUGAGUUUGAAGUUUAAAGCGCUGUACCUAUGAUUGAAUGAGUUUCAAGUGCACCUGCGGUGCGGAUGGUUUUACAUGACACCAUUUAGAUAGCAAAUUGUUGCCAAGUGAGAUUUUCUAUAGGAAGUGAGAGUUGCCUGUGGCCAAACAGAUCACCACCUCCACAAGUCACCAACAGAUAAUUGAGGCUUUGAAGUUUGAACUAUAUUGCAAUUUCAGAGAAAUUGAAAUUAAGAGAUCAUUCAUAUGGGGUUUUGAAAUACAAGUGCAUCUCCAGGGCCGUAGGAGCCACACAAAAGACAGUUGAUAAACCUAUAAUGAAGGAUUGGAGGGGCGAACGUGGGGCUGAAAAGAUUUAACUGUUUUACAAUUGCUUCGGACAUACCUGCCUGAAUAUGUCCAUGGACUAUUGGCAGAGAGAUUGAGAAUACUGUACGGAAAGGCGAGUUGGAGAUUUCUAGCCUUACAGAAGUCUGGGCGAACUCCAAACCUGUGGCUUCUUCACCUGCGACUUCUCCUACGGCUUCAUCACCUGCGGCUUCUUCACCUGCGGCGUUGUCUGGUGCGUGGAAAGAAUCGAACGAAUAUAACCCUAAUCUCUAGCGCCGACACACUUAAAAUGAAAAAAUUGUCCGAUCAAAUUACCAUUUUUUGUGAAAAGCUCUGCAAAGUGGUCACUUAAUGGAAAAGCUAGCUCACGAAUAGCGCAGCAAAAGCGGAGCUUUCUCACGGCGAGUCGCUUUCCAAAAGCCAGGCGGAGAAGUAGGGCUCGCUUGUGCAUUGGUGCUUAAGCGCGCUUUUGGACGCUUUUAACAAGUGCCUCUUUGAUCUCCAGAUUUGUAUCUUUAUUUAUCAUAUUUAUAUUAUCAUCUAAUUUACGUACAUAUGUAUGCUCUAAUAAUAUCAUGUAUAGAUUCAUGUUAGCCGACCCCAAAAUCUUUUGGGAUCAAGGAUCGGAUUUUGUUGUUGUAUGUAUGCUCUAAUUUGAUAUGCAUUUUCAUAAGCAACAAGGUGGUGGGGAGAAAAACGAUAUUCAUUAAUACGGGAUAUCAUCAAGUUUUGACAACCUUGAUAAGAACUGUAGGUAAAAACGCUAAAAUAAAGACUCUUUUUGGUUAUAUAGAGAGUUACAGUAAUAGAUUAUGAUAGACCUUAAUUAUCUUCCUGGCCGGGUUGAGGAUCUUUGAGAAACAGGUGGUGCUAUAGGCAUGAGUUGAGCUGCUUUGCUUUCAAAGUAUGAUGAAUUCUGAUGCACUAGGAUAUGCCAUAUGCCCCAGGAGAAGGUUUGUUGAGGCAUAUAAUGAAUCCAGUUUGUAGUUAUUAAUCCAGAUGAAAGGAAUGUACCAAUAUAAGUAUGUCAUUUAGGGUAGCAAAUCAUAGUUUAUUAGAUCCAUUUGCUGCACUUUGGCAUGUCAAUGUACUUUCUAUUGUACGCAUAUUUUACCAAUAUGUUUUUGCGUGUGUUUGGUGCUGGUGUGGUGUGGUGUGGUGUCUGAACAUAACUUUCAUGAUCACAUGUAUUACUACUUAAUAAGUUUUUAUAUUUUUUCUUACGAAUUAUAUGUCCGGACAUAACUCUCAGGGACGAUUUUAUGGAAAACAUUAGUGUGAUAAAGAGCUAUUUGAAACAGGGCUGACGGACGUUUAAAAUAUUUGUCCUGACGACCGGACAUAACUUUCAUGAUCACAUGUAUUACUACUUCAUACUCCCUCCGUCCCGGGGAAAAGUUCUCGGGUUGACUUUCACACAUUUUUAGGAAAUAAAGUUACUGAGGGGUAAAUUUUACUGUUUUGCACUGUUUCGACACUGUUUGGCACUGUUUCGACACUGUUUGGCACUGUUUUGCACUGUUUGGCACUGUUUUAAUGUAGAAUAACUUUCCAUUUAGGGAAAUGGGAAGUUUCUUUUGGGACAUCCAAAUAAGGAAAUUGGGAACUUCUCCCCGGGACGGAGGGAGUAAGUUUUUAUAUUCUUUCUUACGAAUGCAAAACAUCAACAUAUAGCCUAUCCAUCAUUGUCUAUGCUACUGGCCACUGGGAGCUUGCAACUUAUAAAGUCCUCUGGUCCUCAUGAGUCAUGACAUCACUAUUGUUUGUUAUAAAUUAAAAUUGUGGAAGGACCCACAAACCGGCUAUUGGCACGCAACUUGCAAGUGGUGCAACAACAAUUAUAACUUGGGGACCUCCGGUGGAUACAGAUCCGCCGCAAGGCAUCUUAAGGCAAAGCACCCCGUGGAGUAUGCAAAAUUAGGCGGGGGGACGGGGAAGCAAACUCAAAUAUCGAGUGAAUUUCCAAUGUAUGACGAUAACCCCAUAGAUCCGAAAACGGAAUACAACGAGUUGAUUUUGAAGAAAAUGAUGACUUUGACGUUCUAAACUGGUGGAAGUCAAAAGAGAGAACGUUCCUGAUUUUAGCAUGGAUGGCUAAGCAAGUACUAUCAAUGCCGGUUUCAACAGUUGUUGUGGAACAAGAAUUUAGUUCGGCCGGCAACGUCCUAACGGCAUCUAGAUCGAGAUUGAGCACAGAGUCUCUUCAGACGCUUAUAUGCUACCACGAUUGGUUGAAGGCCGCACGUAGAACUCAAGAAAUUAGCAUCACUCCCUCCCAAGAUUUUAUGGAUGACUCAACAACCGACGGUGGCUUUACCUAUGCCAGAGAUUCCGAUUGAUUAGUAUCUUAGAAUUUAUUAUAAAAUGUAUUUUGUA